GGUAUAUACGUCAGAAUAUUGCUAGCCAGGUUGAUCUUUGCAGUUCGACCGUCCACAGUUACGCCAACUCUAUCAGAAAGAAGAGCCGUCUUUGCUGACACCUAACGUUGGUCGAGAAUCGCAACAAGAAAACCACCGCUGCUCUCGAUGUGAACGCUUGUCGCAAAGGAUUUGGAAAGCCAGACUUACAUUUGCUAGCUAGCUAGCUACCUUUAGCCAAAGAGCUAACGGAUAGAAUAUAUGUUGACCAGGAUAAUGAUUUAACAACAGUAACAACAGCUGUCAUCAUGAAUCUACGGGGAUUCUUCCAAGAUUUCAACCCAAGUAAGUUCCUGAUUUACGCGUGCCUGCUGCUGUUCUCGGUGCUGCUCGCCUUGCGGCUGGACGGGGUGAUCCAGUGGAGCUACUGGGCCGUGUUCAGCCCCAUCUGGCUCUGGAAGCUCAUGGUCAUUAUAGGAGCCGCCGUGGGCACGGGUGUCUGGGCCCACAACCCACAGUACAGGGCGGAGGGGGAGAUGUGUGUGGAGUUCAAGGCCAUGCUGAUCGCCGUGGGGAUCCACCUGCUGCUGCUGUCCUUCGAGGUGCUGGUGUGUGACAGGGUUACCAGGGGAACGCACUUCUGGCUGCUCGUCUUCAUGCCGCUCUUCUUCGUCUCUCCCGUCUCCGUGGCAGCCUGCGUGUGGGGCUUCAGACACGACCGCUCGCUAGAGUUGGAGAUCCUGUGCUCUGUCAACAUCCUGCAGUUCAUCUUCAUCGCCCUGCGUCUGGACAGGAUCAUCAGCUGGCCCUGGCUGGUGGUGUGCGUUCCUCUCUGGAUCCUCAUGUCAUUCCUGUGCCUGGUGGUGCUGUACUACAUCGUGUGGUCCGUUCUCUUCCUGCGCUCCAUGGAUGUGAUUCCUGAGCAACGCCGCACGCACAUCACCAUGGCGAUCAGCUGGAUGACCAUCGUGGUGCCCCUGCUAACAUUCGAGAUCCUGCUGGUGCACAAGCUGGACGGUCACUACGGGUCCAGCUACGUGUCUGUGUUCGUGCCUCUGUGGGUGUCGCUGGUCACCCUCAUGGCCACCACCUUCGGACAGAAGGGAGGGAACCACUGGUGGUUUGGGAUCAGGAAGGACUUCUGCCAGUUCCUGCUGGAACUCCUCCCCUUCUUGCGUGAGUACGGCAACGUGUCGUACGACCUGCAUCACGAGGACCCCGAGGCGUCCGAGGAGAUGCCCGCUCACGAGCCUCCCAAGAUGGCGCCCAUGUUCCGCAAAAAGACGGGCGUGGUGAUCACGCAGAGCCCAGGGAAGUACUUUGUCCCGCCUCCCAAACUCUGUAUUGACAUGCCUGACUAGGCCAGCCUCGCAGCUGGCAGACUGCUGCAGACCGGUUGUAGACUGGUUCCGACGGGUUGCUGACCGGUUCAGACCGGUUUGUCUGGAUGCAGACUGCCUAAGCUGUGUGAACUGAAGCAGAGAGAGACUGCUGGGGACUGGAGAUGAGGACGAGGAUGUUGAAGAGUCAUGUCCACCUGGAGAGGAGCCGCCUUGUCACGGAACACUGAGCCCUGGUCACCUGACCCUUGCGGCAGGUCGCCAUGGCAACCACUCUGGCAAGGGAAGGAAGGGGUCUCUUCUGGGUGACCUGAUGACCAGACACAGGAAACCCGUUGAUGACACGAUGAUGUCAUGAUAUCUGUAUGUGAUUAUUGUGAUAUUCUUUUGUACUUCCAUGUGUUUAUUUCCUAGGAGAUGGAGAGUGUGUUUGUGAGAGAUAUGGAGAGAGAGAAAAUGUGUGUGGGAGAUGGAGGGAGGUAAUAUGUGUGUGUGUGUGAGAGAUGGAGGGAGGAUGUUCAAACAUAUUUUCCAAACUCUGUUCCAAACAUAUAAUGCUAGUUGGAUUGAAUGACACUAAGGUCAUGCCUGUUAAACACAUAGCUACUCUUAGAAUAUGUUUUCUAUUAAAAAAAAUCUUCACACGCAUUUUAAACACACCUUGCCCCACCCUCUCAGCUGGUCUGAGAAAACUGCUGAAACUUAAGUGAUGGGAUGUUAGCAGACGGGUGUUGGACCAAUACACUCACACUCAAACACAGUCUAACACACAUACAAUCAAAGAAACACACACCCCUGUACAUAUUUAGGGUUGCAUGUGUUUCUUCACCCUCUGUUAUCCUGCUGUUUAUACAUUCAUACUUCUGUUGCAGUAAACAUUUAUAUGCAAGUGUUCAAUGAAUGCCUGUGUAUUAAUGACUAAUAAAGUAUA